GUUCCAUCUCUAAUUCGCUGUCUCAUUGCAUAUUCGGAACAGGGAUACUCUAACAAUGGCCAGCGUAGCAUCAAAAGGAUCCGGUCUUAUUAACAGGCUGCUUGUGCAAGCAAGGCCUCAGUUGGAUGUCUUCAUGAAAUACGCCAAAGUGGAGCUCACACCACCCACGCCGGCUGAUAUUCCAGCUAUUCGCCAGAGCAUCGGCAAUAUAAUGAAGGGUGCCAAGACUGGCGCCUACAAGAAUCUGUCGGUGCGUGAGGCAUGGUUAAACACACUUGUUACAGCCGAGGUUCUCUUCUGGUUCUACAUUGGUGAAUGCAUUGGCAAGCGCCAAUUGGUUGGCUAUAAAGUUUAAAUUUACAGUAACUAUUAACUAGUGUAAAUGCCAAUUUGGGAUAUCGCUAACUAUUGUGAGAACGAAUAAAAUUUCAACGUGUAAUACCGUAGUGUAA